AUGGCUACCGGCAAGUCUGAGAAUUACGAGUUGCAAGCAAAUGCGUUGUUCGAUGUAUCCCACAUCACAGCGGUCGUGACUGGAGGCGGUACAGGCAUUGGUCUAAUGAUCAUCCAAGCCUUGCAGUCCAACGGGGCCAAAGUCUACAUCACGGGUCGGCGCGAGGAUGUCCUCCAGCAGACGGCCAAGACUUACAGCACCGGCCCUGGCAGCGUCCACCCGCUGGCCGGAGACAUCAGCUCCAAGGAUGAGACCAUCCGCCUCGCAAGGGAGAUGGAGGACCGGGAGCCCGGUGGGAUCAACCUGCUGGUCAACAACGCCGGGAUCGCACGCGACGACGAGACCAAGUUUUCAAAGAAUGGCGAGCCGGACAUGAAGGAUGCGAAGGCCAUCUCGGAGCACUUUCUCCAAACCAAAGAGCAGCAGUGGACCGACACGAUGCGGACGAACGUGGCUGCGCAGUAUUACAUGUCCAUGGCCUUCCUGCCUCUGCUGGCCAAGAGGAAUGGCAGCGGCUCCGACAAGGGCUCCUCGUCGCAGAUCGUCAACGUGUCGUCCAUCUCUGGGGCGAUGAAGGGGUCCAGCGGCGGGCAGCCCAUCUAUGCAAGCUCCAAGGCAGCGUACACGCACCUGAGCCGCAUGCUGGCGACCCUGUUCAAGGACGUGCACGUGCGUGUAAAUGUCAUUGGGCCUGGGCUUUUCCCCAGUGAGAUGACCGCUGGGUCGUCGGGCGAGGAUAAUAAGAGUACGCUCGACCACAAGUCAACUAACCCAGCAGGUCGGACUGGGCAUGAUUCAGAUAUGGCGGCGACGAUUCUUUUCCUUGCCGGGAAGGGUGGAUCGUUCUAUAACGGACAGAUUUUGUAUCCUGAUGGUGGCUCGACUUUGACCAAUCCGGCUGUGAACAACUGA